CUUGUUUAACGCAUGUAACGCUCGGUAGAAGUUAAAUAGCCAAUAAGAAUUUAGAACGAGAUAUACGCACAGAAAUAUCACUGACGUGUCCCCGAAAAGAAGUGCUUUUUCAGCGAUUCAUGAUCAUUCUCUAUUCGUAUUAAAUUACGAGAACUUACGACAGUAAUCAGUGUGGUUGUAUCAAAUAUAAGAGUGACUUGUAAAAACAGUUAAAAUUAAAUUAUGGCGGCGAUAUUCAAUACUUUCGUUAAUUCCUUCAGCAACAGAUUGGAUGAACCUGUUAGAAAACAUUUAAAAAAUGUUUAUGGUUGUUUGUCCAUGUCAACGGUAUCAGCCGCUGUAGGAGCUUACGUGCACAUGUACACGCAACUCUUACAGGCUAAUUUACUUACCAGUUUGGCUACCAUCGGAUUAUUAUUCGCUUUAAUAAAUGUACCGGACAAUGGGAAAAAUCAUAAACUACGUCUUGGCUAUCUCUUAGGAUUUGCAUUUCUAUCCGGAUUAGGACUUGGUCCUUUACUCGAAAUGGUCAUCAAUAUUGAUCCUUCCAUCGUAGUCACCGCUUUAGUAGGCACCACCCUUCUGUUCGUGUCAUUCAGCAUUUCUGCGCUUUUGGCUGAACGAGGUCAUUGGUUAUAUCUAGGCGGUAUAAUAUUCAGCAUGCUAAAUAUUAUGUUUAUGACAUUCUUCGUCAAUCUUUUCUUACGCUCCCAGUUUAUUUACCAAGCUCAUCUCUAUAUUGGAUUUUUCUUAAUGUGCGCUUUCAUCAUUUAUGAUACACAAUUGAUUAUUGAGAAACAUCACAUGGGUAACAAAGAUUUCAUUGCGCAUUCUUUGGAUCUAUUCAUGGAUUUCAUCAGUGUAUUCCGUCACUUACUUGUGAUUCUCGCGCAAAAGGAAAUUUCUAAGGAACAACAACGUAAACGUAAAGAUUAAAAUGAAAAAAAAAAGAAAUCAGAAGAAUUGAAGAGCGUUUACAACAAGUGCAAAAAAAACAUCAUUGCAUCCCAAGUAAAAUCCAUAAUCCUAGAGGUCUUCAUCUAAAAUAAAAACAAAAAUCCAUAAAUAGAUAUAUACCAUAGAUUUUAUACUGUUGGAUAAAUUGCUAACGUUUUCUUUUUCUAUUUUUCUUUUUUUCUUCUUCUUCUUCUUCUUCUUCUUCUCUCUUUUUAUUUUCUAACAAUGAUAAAAAUCAAAACGAUACUAAUCCAGAGAUACUAUUUAAUAUAAUACAUAACUCCUAUUUUAUUUUUAUUCGAAAAAAUAUAUAUAUAUAUGUAUAUUUUUUAUAAGUUUCUAAUAUUAUAACAAAUUAUAAUCGAAAAAUUCAAAGAGGACCACUUAUAUUCGAAUUACAAAAACAAAAAUAUCAUAAUAACAAAAUUUCAUUAUGUGCAUUAUUAUUAUUAUUAUGUGUGUUGCACACUAUUGUGCGGAAUAGGAGGUGGUGGGAGGUUCGGUGUCCUACUAAUGGCUCUUUAAAAACUACAGCACUCUGUUUAUCUAACUUUCUUUUUCCAACAUGGUGUAGAAAGUUAGAAUUCUAAAAAUAGAAGCUUGUAUACUAUUUCGUUCUCUCUCUCUCUCUCUAUCUCUCUUUUUCUUCAUAUAUAUAUAUAUAUGGAUAUUAUAAUAAUUUCAAUAUUAAUAGGAUUGGGGAAAGCAUAUUCAUUGGUAUAAGAUCUAUGAUAGAUGAAAACAUUUACAUACAUGACACGUUACCCAUACACAUAUUAACAUACAUUACACAUACUCGCAUAAAACAUAAGUAUAUCUAUAUAUAUAUAGUUCAUAAUUAAACAACAACAAGAAGAAAAAACAGAAAAAUAAACAAUACAAAGCUAUAUUUACUAUAAAGAGCAAAAGUUAAAUGAUUAGUGCUCGUUUAAUACUUUGAAGAACUUAGAUAAAUGUUAUAUCAACCGGUAUACGGUACAACAAUGUAAUUAUUUGGGUCGUCGAUAUUAUCACUUCCUUCUAUGAAUUACCAUUUUCUGUAUUUAGAUUUAUACAAGAUAUGUAAAUGCAUAUAUAAAUUUAUUGUAUAUUUUUAACUUUCAAUAAACAAAUUUUCCGAGUUUU